AUGGUGUACAAUUCGUUGACUGAGGCUCCUCACAACCUCAAGGAAGGCAUUGACUGGUUGAUGGCCCUGAGGGGCACUGAUGCUGCCAAAAACCUGUCGGCUAUAGGUGAAGCAAUUCACAAAUUCCUCGCAGACAAGCCUGUUGGCUUCACUGAGGUACCAGCUCUCGAGAAGGUAAAGAGUAUUUCUAAGGAGUUCCUGGUACAAAAGGGGCUUAAGGACCAGAAAAUCGUUAAAAGAGUGCUGGAUAUGAUAAAUGGGUCUGUGGAUGAAAACCCCGGCGUGAUCGCUAAGGCCUUUAGCCUUGUACCUAAAAGCGAUUAUCAGAACGUCGUACAGACCAGAGGUGUGAAGCCAGAAGCUAUCGCAAAGAACUUAGGUAAAGUUGUGGGUGGUUGUGAGAAGUUCUUGGAUCGUAUCAAAACCCCUGACCAGUACAAGUCGGCUUACAGUUCAGGAGCGACGUGGGACGCGUCAUGCGCGAAGGACCCGGAAGCUUGCGCAGUGGUCCUUGUGGGAAUUGCGCCUAUGUUGUACACCGGUUUAAGUUCCUUAAGGGUUGCGUGCAAUGAAGAAGCCUUGGCAUAUGCGCAGUUUGGUAAUAAGAGGAGUAGUUUGGGAGAGAUAUUGGAAGCCGUUGGUUACAAGGAGCCGGAAUGCCGUGCUGGCACGAGUACGUCGGCCGUCUCCUGGGCGUUGAUAGGCGUGAAUAAAGAAAUAUUGACCAUACUCUACGACCUCGCUGGAUUCUGGGCUUUCUAUGGAAUGAAUAAAUCGGGAGCCGUAAGCGCUGUGGAACCUGUAGAACCUACUCAAGAGGAACAAUUCGUGAAACCUGUAGAACCAGUGGAGCACCCCGCAGAAUCUGCAGGAGCGGAACAGCCUGCAGAAGCUAUAGAACCCGUGGAACCUGUACAAGAGGGACAAUCUACAGGAGUUGAAGAACAUGUAAAGGCGGCAAAAGCUGUAAAGGCUGCUAAAAAGGCUGCGAAAAAGGUUGCAAAAAAAGCCCGACAAAAGAAGAAUAGGACCCAGGGUUUCCAGUGA